GAAGAGCAUUCACGCCACAAGCAUCAUUCCUGAUCCUGAUCCUUCCUGUUCCUUCAGGAGGAGAAACAGUGGGAAAGCAACAACACAACAUGCGUCUGUCCUGAACUAAAGUUGGCUAUGGCGCUCCGCCUGUGGUGUAUCGCGGUGUUCCCGCUGUUCUGCGGGGCGCAGGGGCCGGCGGACGCAGGGGACGGCGGUGUUUUCCAGCCCCAGAGUGCCCUCACUGACAUGGAGUUCGCCUCAGUCAGCUCCUACCGCGGCCCUGGAAACACCGACCCUCGGCCCAAUAGAGAGCUGCCCAUCCUCCUGUGGUGGAGCGCCAAUCUCUUCCCACACUUCCCAGGAGACACGGAGCGUGUGGACUGUUCCCGCUCGUCCUGCCUAGUCACGAGCAACCGGAAAGUUCAGUUGUAUCGCCGCACGGCAUCCGUUAUUUUCUACGGCACAGACUUCCGUGCGUACGAGGCUCCGCUGCCACGAAUGCCCCAUCAAACCUGGGCGCUUUUCCACGAAGAGUCUCCCAUGAACAACUACCUCCUGUCUCACAGUGUUGGGAUCCGGCUGUUUAACUACACGGCCACGUUCAGGCGGGAGUCGGACUAUCCGCUGACACUGCAGUGGUUGCCCUCGCUGGAUUAUCUUCUGGCGCCGACGGCCGUGCCGCUACCGGAGAAGAACCGCUGGCGGCGGGCCGGUCUCGCCCCUGUGCUCUACAUGCAGUCCCACUGUGAUGUGCCUUCGGACCGGGACCGCUACGUUCAAGAGCUCAUGAAGCAUAUAGAGAUUGACUCGUAUGGGAAGUGCCUUAACACGAGACCCCUGCCUGAGCACCUGGAGGACACGAGCACGGCCACCGGCGAGGACGGGCGCUUCAUGAGCUUCGUGGGCCGCUAUAAGUUCCACCUGGCGCUGGAGAACGGCCUGUGCCCGGACUACAUGACUGAGAAGCUGUGGCGGCCCAUGCACCAGGGCUGUGUGCCCGUGUACAGGGGCUCAUCCUCGGUGUCCGACUGGCUGCCGAACAACCGCUCCGCUAUCCUCGUUGAUGAUUUCCCUUCUCCUCGAGAGCUGGCGGAGUUCAUAAAGGCUCUGGAUCAGGACGACGAGGAGUACUCGCGUUACCUGGAGUACAAAACGCCCAGGCGCAUCACUAACCUGCGUCUGCUGGAGGCGCUGGAGAGCAGAGAGUGGGGCGUCAAUGACAUGAGUAAACCCAACUACCUGAACGGCUUCGAGUGCUUUGUGUGCGACCGGGAGAACGAGCGGCUGGCAGCGGUGAAAGCGCACCGGAAGAACCCGGACCUGAACCCGCCGCCUCAACCGAAGAUGGCCACCAGCGCACACAUGGGCUGCCCGCUGCCCAGUCCUGGACACGGCCCGGUGGAGAGCAUCGACCCAAAUGACAGCUGGCUCCAGAUGUGGCCGCAGGACUACUGGCAGAGUCUGGAUCAGGCCGAGGGCUUGGAGUCGCUCCUCCGGCACAACGAGUCGGAGCCGGCGCUGCUGUGGCAGCACAUCCAGAGCAUCGCUGUGAGGAGAGCCGGACGACCCUGA